GUUCCUCCGUCCUCUAUUAGCCCUCCCCGCUGCCACUCAGCAGCUAAAAUGCGCGAAGAUCGCCCGUAGUGCUGCGGAUCCAAGGGCAGUAGGGCUGGGUCGGGUUUGGCCCUGAUACGCAGUGGAUGCUGAGGGGAGGGGGGUAAAAAAAACACCGCCGUUUCUUAUUGCUAUGGGUAUCUUAUUUAAAUGCAACUGGCACGAUUUAAAGGAUGCAUCCUGUACUUCCACUUCAAGUGCGUUAGUGUCGUGUGAUGGCAGUCUGAUGAGACUGAAAAGCACUCACUGUUCUGCAGCAUCUCUGUCGUAGACGGCCCUGCCACAGUGGUCUUUUAGAGGCGGUUACGCACAAAUCAUCAGUCAUUGUGCAGAAAAGCACCAUGCUGACCAGCAUUACUGAUGGGAUCCUGUGCUGCUUGACGGGGAAGACUACCAAUCUGGUCUUGCCUCUGGAGUCCUCAGAGCCCUCUGAUGGGUUUGAGUUUGUGGAGGUGAAACCAGGGAGGGUCCUGCGAGUGCGGCAUAUCAAACCAGAGCAUCAGCACAUAUACAGAGAAAAACAAGAUGCAAGGAAGGACAAGACAAAUGUUGACUGUGAUACUAAUGGUGAUGCAUCUCCUGAAGACUCCAUUGAUGAUGAUGAUGCUGGCACCAGCGUCCAUUGCAAGAGGAAGAUCACGGUUUAUCGCAACGGCCAACUGGUGAUUGAGAAUCUUGGUGAUGCUUUGCAUUCUGAGAUUCUGCAAUGUCAGGAUGGAGAUUUGGAGCCCUGCAACACUGUGGAGGUGGAGCUUUCUGACUACAAAGAGAUGCCCUCAUCUCCUGACCCCAACCCCACUCCUCCAGUUCCAUUGCCUUCUGGAGAGCAGAAGCCUGCUCCACCUCCCCGCCGGCGCCGUCGCAAGCCCAAACGCACUGUUCUUAUUGACUCAACAAGAGUCAUUUCAAGCUGCAAAGGGACAGAUUCAGAUGUAGCGCUUUUUUUUGUGCAUGGUGUGGGAGGCUCUCUGGACAUAUGGAGCAGCCAGCUGAACUUCUUCUCUCGUCUGGGCUACGAGGUGAUUGCACCAGAUCUGGCAGGGCAUGGGGCCAGUACUGCUCCACAGAUCGCAGCAGCUUACACCUUUUAUGCUCUGGCAGAGGACCUCCGGGCCAUUUUUAAGAGAUAUGCUCGGAAACGCAACAUUCUAAUAGGCCACUCAUAUGGAGUAUCAUUUUGCACGUUCCUGGCACAUGAAUAUCCUGAUCUGGUCCAUAAGGUGGUGAUGAUCAAUGGAGGAGGACCUACAGCUCUGGAACCUAGUCUUUGUUCCAUCUUCCAGCUUCCAUCAUGUGUCCUUCACUGCCUAUCACCUUGCCUGGCCUGGAGCUUUUUGAAAGCUGGAUUUGCUCGUCAAGGUGCCAAAGAGAAGCAGUUGUUGAAACAAGGCAACGCCUUUAAUGUGUCUCCAUUUGUCCUGCGAGCAAUGAUGAGUGGUCAGUACUGGCCUGAGGGGGAUGAGGUCUACCAUGCCGAGCUUACUGUUCCCAUCCUGCUGGUUCAUGGCAUGUGUGACAAGUUUGUACCCAUGGAGGAGGACCAGCGCAUGGCAGAGAUCCUCCUGUUUGCAUUCCUGAAGGUCAUUGAAGAGGGCAGUCACAUGGUCAUGAUGGAGUGUCCUGAUACCGUCAACACCCUCCUCCACGAGUUCUUCCUCUGGGAGCCUGACAUGUCCAGAAAGGGGGAGGCUGAUAACACAGUUUCUAUCUGUGACACUAUUAACACACUGAAAAUCAAAAAGACUAUGGACAAAUAACCCUUCUAGACUCCUUCUAUCACAUCACCAAGCAGAAGGCCUUUUAUCUGCAGCUGUCGUAUUAUUAAGGCUUCUGGGCUGAAAGCGAUUCCAAGCAGGACCACAUCUUAAGGAUGUGGGUGACCACUGGUGCUCCAAGAUAAAGCAGCGAAGAACAUUACAUGAGAGGAAGGGACAACACACAGUUUCUUUUUGACCUCUGCACUAGUUUGUGCUCCGUCUGCAAAAGGUCUUGGUGCCAUGUGCUCAAAAGAACUGCCAUUUGUGAUCUGUGUAUGAAAUGUUUGUGAUGAAAAGUGGACAGUUACACAACACAAAAGAUAAGAUAUCAUUAUAAUGAUGUCGGGAGUUUCUCAUCUGUACUCUGUUUUACAAUAAAUAUGAUAAACUAAUGGCUGAAUCCAUUUUAGGUCAGCUGUACAGGGGAUACUGGCUUUAACAAAGCUGUUAAUGGGACAGUUUAUUGCAAGAUGAAAGCGUUGGUAAUGAUGAUGUUAUCACUAACCAGUAGCUGUGAGAAACUGAACUGAAGAUAAUGUACCAAUGAUAAGUAUGAUGAUACUAACAAUAUACUAAAGGAAAAUGCAAUAGACAACUGCAUAAAUUAACAGGAAAUAUAAAAAAACACAAAAAUAUUCCUCAGUUCUAUUAACCACAAUCUUACAAUGUGCUGGAUUCCCCAUUUCAGACAUGAUUAGCAGAUCCACUGAUUAGACCUUUUGGGCAAUAAAAGUUUUUCUGCUUCUCUUUGUGGUCUAACCUGCUAUUCUAAUUUUCUCAGAUGAUCUUUUAUUAGGACCGUAAAAAACAAUUUACAGAAGGUAAUCAAUUUCCAUUUUAUCCCCAUUUAUGUAUCAAGUCAUAUGUCCCAAAACCUUAUUGGAUUUUUAUUAAACUCAUACAGUUAAUUAAGUAAAUGCUGAUGCAUUUAGUGACUGAAAAUGGUGGGACUUUAAAAACGUUUUUAUGUAAUUUGUUGAUCACCGAUCAGAGCCAGUCAAGGAAAAAAUGGCCAAUUCCGAUUGAUUGGUUAAUUGUUUUAUCUCCCUUAACAAUCACGACAUUUGUGGUUAAUAGAAAUUUUGACAAAAAUAAAUCUCUUCAUACUAAAAUCUGAUAUAAACCCCACACAAAAAGCCAUAUUUCGUUGUUAUGCACAAAUCUACUAACUGAUCAGUUCAUGAUUUCUGAAUAUAAACAGGAGGGUUAUUACAGACAGGUCCAGUAUGGUUUACUUUCAUUCUAAUCAGUACACUCCAUUUUAAUCAAACGAGUACUCCUACUAACAUAUAAGUAUUGUGUUUAAUGUCACCCUCCAGUACAAGUUAUGGUUGCAAUGACAUGCCAUGUCUUAACAGUGAUGAAUGCAAAGUACGAGUGCAUUACUCUCCUGGCUCUCUUUGCCCUAAUUUUUGUGUCAGAGUGAAGAUAAUGUUCCUCAGUGGAAGCUAUUCAUUCAUGGAUGUUGUUUGUCUCACAGUGGGACAGGACGGUGCAAGUAUAAGCAUUCUCUAGCAUGCUCCCUGACAGUACAUAUCUGUUGGUUGGAUAGUUUACUGUUUUGUGUAGCAGAGGGUGUACAUAGGUGAGACGAAAUAAUGGGCCACCAUGAUUAAUAUAUAUAAAUUCCCCAAAGGAGGAAGAGUUAGACGCUAAAUAUGCAUUUUGAGAGAAUGUGGAUGCAACAUACAUUGUUUUUAUGCAAUUUAAGGAAACAGGAAAGAAAUUGUCUUGGGACUGAUGUCUCUAAAACAUUAUAUUCUACAUUCUUUAUGGACUUUCCAAAAAUCCACCAAUGCUGCUGAUGUCUCCUUUGGUGUAAAAGGUGAGUAAAAGUGUGGACUACAGGGUGCACAUGUACUUUCUAUUAUGCUACAACUGUGCAUAUACAAUUUGUCGUACGUGCUGAAUUCUUUUCUUUUUUUUUGUCAUUAACAAGCUGUGCAAUGUAAUUGUUACAUUUAUUAAUGGGAAUGGUAAUGCUGUAUAUGCACUGCCUAAAUGUAGAUGCAUAUAACAUUAUAUAACCCAUCAAAACAGUCGGAUUCAAUGUAUGAAUGUGCCUUUCCUGGCAUGAAAUAAAAUGUUCAACAUCUA